UCGGUUCAACCGUAGCUCACUGUAGAUCGUGAUCGUCGCAUCGAUAGGUUCGGACGAGUUUUUGAAGCGACAACCAAGUGCAACGCCGGCCAAAACGAACCGGUGAAAGUGAAUUGUUUGCUUGCCUUUCAGAACAGUGUCCAGAUUUUGUGUGCGUGUGUGCGUGGUAGUGUGUGUGUGUGUGUUUGUAGUAUCGAUCAGUGCCACAUCAUCAUCAUGCGUGCAUUCGUUGUAGCAUCUAUACUGUGCGUUGGCUUUGUGUCGGCCUACCCGCAACAGGCCGUCGAUCCGGCCUAUCUGCGUCAGUACUACCAGCAGAUCGCACAGUCUGCCGGAGCCCAGAACGGAGCACAGGGCCGUGCCGAUGCUACGCCCAUCUUCGAGCAGGGUGCCCAGGAACAGCAACACAUCCCGCAAUACCUGGCACAGGGCCAGCAGCUCCGUCUGAAGGAUAAUGUGCACGAUCAGGUCCAGCGUACUCAGUACCAGCAACCUCAGGCUAGACAGUACCAACCUCAGUAUCAGCCACAGCAGAUCCAGUACGUCCAAGAGCAGCAGUACCAGCAGCCGCAGCCUCAGCCACAGCUGAAAGUAUCCAAGCCCCGGCCACAGUACCCGCAGGGUGGACUGAAGCAGCAGCUGGAAGAAGACCAGGAGGACUAUGACCCCAAUCCUUCCUAUCAGUUCGGUUUCGACGUAAAGGACGACGAAUUCACCAACUACCAGAACCGCAAGGAGCAGCGUGACGGUAACGUGAUCAAGGGCAGCUAUUCCGUGGUUGACUCCGAUGGUUUCAUCCGUACCGUUACCUACACUGCCGACCCGAAGGAAGGCUUUAAGGCCGAGGUUAGCCGCCAGCCGACGGACAUCGUGGUCAAGAUCCCAACACCUGCCCCACAGUCCGCCGGACAGCACGAACGUUUCGCUAGUCAGCCCCAGUCGAACGGUGCUUACCGUGUACAGCAGCAGCCCCAACAGCAGGCCCAGCAGCGACCGAGACCGCAGGAGUACGCCCAGUACCAGUAAGCGGAAACCCCCUACCUGGGUGGAUCUCUAGUACAGUGUAAUACCAUCAACUAUCACAUAAUUUAUGCGCUCGUGCGUUGCGUUAGAGGAUACGGAAUACGUCCCGGUUCUAGAGCCGACACUUACACUGUGAAGUUUGUGUUUCUUUCUGCAAACGUCGUGAUCAUCUCAGCCGCUACACUAACCGAGCGGAGAUAGAGAAAGUCUAUGCGUGUACGCAACCACGCUACUCCUAAGAAAUCGUCCGGUAAUCUUAACUAUCGCUGACGAAACCUAUCGUCUUUGGGCUUGCACUCACUCACUCUGGCCCUUAUCGUAAAGUCAUGAUAUUUAAAUAAAAAAAGAACGAUAAAUUAAACAAAUAUAAAAUGAUUUAUUUGUUUACAGAACAGAACGAAAUCGGGAUCCUUUU